AUGAAUACUAAAAAGGGAUUUUAUGUAGAAUUAAAUAUAUUAGAACUUAAAAUCCUCUUAUUAUUGAAAUAUCUAAAAAUGGAAAUUAUAAAAGGAAGAGUAAUUUCACAUCUAAAUGAAAAUUGUUCAAAUAAAAUAAGAACUUCUUUAUAUUCUGGUUUUUCUUUAAUUCCAAAAACUUUAUUUAAAUCAUUUUAAAAAUCUGCUAAUAUAUUCUUUUUAGUAAUUUCUUUAAUUAUGUUAAUUAGAAAUGAUUUAUCUCCUUUUAAAAAUUAACAUAAUAAAAGAAGAGGAGUAAUUAAGAACUUAAAUUAAAUUCCAAUACUAAGAAACUAAGAUAAUAAUAAUGUUAAUAAUAAAGAAGCAUUUGAAUAUACAUAAUCCGUUUAUUGGUAAGAUAUAAGAAUAGGUGAUAUAUUAAAACUUUAUCAUGGCGAAACAGCCCCAGCAGAUCUCAUAUUAUUAGAUUCAAAUAAAAUAAGAGAUAAAUAGGCUAUAUGUUUUCUAGAUACUUAUUAAGUAGAUGGAAAAGAAGACUUUAGAUUGAUAUAUGCUAGUUCAUCAACAAGAAUUGCGAAUCUCAAAGACAACCCUAAUAUGGCUGAUUCGGUACGUUUUUUAGCCUAUAUAGUGUUAUAUUCGUAAAUGAUUCCAGUUUCAAUACACGGAAUAUUAGAUAUUGUAGCUUUAGUUAUGGACACUUAAUUAUCUACUAAAAACGACUUUUAUUCCAAAAAUAUUUCUUAAUCUUCCCUUCCUUCUUAAGAAAAAACAUAUCGUCCAGUUAUUAAUAAAUAUGCUAAUAUGUAACCAUAUAGAGCCUUCUAAAUUGGAUUAUCUCGAAAAUAUAGAAAAUACAACCCUUUAAACUGA